ACUUAGUAAUUUAGAGGGCAACAUACAUUUUUGGGGGCGAAUAAUGAUAUUAAAAAGAAGCCUGUUUAAUUAGCACCCUAUUAUUUUCUGUUUGCCAGAGCUUUGUUUCACUUCGGUGGACAACGAUUUUGUAGAAAUUAUUUUUGAAGCGUGAUUUGUAUCUUCAGUGAUAUAUUUUUAUUUUGCUGUUUCUUUAAACUAACUUUAAGUUUAAAUGACGCAAAAUAUUCACAACAUCAUAACAUAACAUUUGACACAACACAUAGGUAACAUUUGACAAACAAACAUAAUAACAUUUGAGCAUAAUUUUAAUGUCGGUAUCUACAUUAUCUAAGUAGGUACAGUCAACUUCAGGUCAGUGGUAACAGUUUUAUAGGAAAAUCGUACUUAUUACUAUUGAGUUAAGGUGCAUGACAGUUACCACUGAUGUGCAGUCUACUGUACCACUAGGUAUGCAGUACGAAAAUAAUAGCAGUGUUUAAUUAAAAAACCUUACAAACAACAUGCAUCACUCGGUGAAUAGAUUGUGCAUUUAUGUUUUAUGUCUUUUUUAAUAAUUGUAAUGUUGAUUUACAAACUAAACAUUAUCCUGAACGAGGAAGAUUCUAAGGAAACAACAUUUAUUUACUGGCCGAGAGUCGACAAUCAAAUAUCUUGCUACAAAAAGUAUCAAUCCGAAAAGCAUAAAACAUCAGCACAGUUCAUACAAAAACAAUACGUAUUACGGUGAUAAUAAUGAUUAAUUUGGUACAAAUAUAAUGUUAUUAUGUAUAUUAUUGACUUAGUUUUAAUGUGUAAAUAUCUUCCAAAGUAAAUUGUUUUUAUUGGGGCAAAUUGAGUAUUAUCAGCUAACGACGACUAACGACCCGCUCCGGCUUCGCACGGGAUAACAGUAUUUCCCCACUAUUUAAUGUUUGUUAUUAUACAUAUAACCCUUCCUCUUUAAUCACUCUAUCUAUUAAAAAAAACGCAUGAAAAUCGGUUGCGUAGUUUUGAAGAUUUAAUCGUACAAAGAGACAUAGGGACAGAAAAAGCGACUUUGUUUUAUACUAUGUGAUGACAGUGAUGAUGUUGAAUCUAGAUAGAACAUAUUUUACAUCCUCUUCGUUUUGUGCUAUUUCUAUCUUUUGACCAACAUAUGUAUGAAGAUACAAAGUAGUUAUUGCUUUUUAUUUAUGGUGUUAUUUAUUUUUAGUUUUAGGUUUUCAUUGUAAAUAUUUUCUGAUUUUUUUUGUUAUACGUUUUAUUAUUUGCCACAAUAUUUUGGUUUUGGUUUUAGAUUUUUCCAUUGAUGAUUCCAUGUAUUCUGAGAUGUCCAAAUAAAAUCAAUAAAAGAUACAUUAAGGUAUUAUUAAGAUGUGAAGUUACGAUUCAAUUAUCCUGUAAAAUUAAUUAAAUAAGAUAUUGAAUGACAAAUAAUAAAAUUAUACAUUGUUCUCGCUGUGUUUUUGUUUAAAUCCAACUCCGGACCGCUAAUUGUUGUUGUUGUACCCCGGAUAUUCAAUAAACACAACGAAUUGAAUUACGGAUCAUCUGAACAAUAUUUGUGUUUAUGGAACAAGAUAUAUUAAUAACACGUCAAUCUUAAAAAAAACACUUGAGUGCAGUAUUUGUUUUGUAACUGUACAUCACACCCAAUUUUAAAAUAACCGCUCGUAUUAACUGUAGUUGAAAAUAAAAUGGCCAGAACUUUUAUGUCCAGGCUUUGGCUUUAUUUGACUGCUGCAGCCGUAUUCAUACUAAUACUAAUAAUCAUUAAAGGUAUCAUCUAUUCUAUCAUUGAAGACUCGUUGCCGUCCGCAGUAGACCCGAGCUUUGUUCCGGGUGCAAAGUCAAUAUUCUUCCACGACACAUCUUGCCGAGGCGGCCUGACUAUACGUCAAGCGUGUUCGGUAGAAGCAGCGGCCAGAGCACACCCUGAGCACAUUAUCUACGUGCUGUUCAGCUGUCCAGUCACCAACUACGCGCAGAAGACGACCUGCCUCGCGAAGCUCCUCGAAUUCCCCAAUGUGAAGUUUCUGAGAGUCGACAUUACUGAAUUUUCCAAAGGAACAGCCGUGCAGUCUAUAGUACUCAACGAUAUAAAACUUGGUCUAUACCCAAAACAGCAUGCAGCCGACAUACUGAGAAUGUUGACUCUCAACAAAUGGGGUGGCAUAUAUCUGGACACAGACAUGAUUGUGACGAGAUCUUUAGAGCAUUUUCCGAAGAAUUUUGUCGCUAAAGAAAAUCUAAAUGACGUCGCUUCGGGCAUCCUGUCUUUUGCGAAAGACGGAAUUGGUGCCAACAUAACUAAUAAAAUUCUCAAAAUCAUGGGCCAAGACUAUAACCCAACGGGUUGGUCAACUUUUGGUCCAGCAGCCAUAGACAAGGUGCUGAAAAUGUCCUGCCCUCAGCUGAUUCACUCGGCCAACUACCAGACAGCCCCCAUGAGUAACUGUCAUGGCAUUACAGUAUUCACCUCCGAGUUGUUCUAUCCAUAUUACUACACGGAGAUCGAAGAUAUAUUUAGUGCUCCAACAGAAGAUUUCCACUUGGAAGGACCUUACGCUUACCAUAUGUGGGACUUCGCGUCGCAUAACAUUGCUAUUCACAAGGACACGGUGUACGAAAUUGUUGCUGGCGCCUUCUGCCCUACGAUCCAUGACACGUACAGAGAUGAAUUUUGUGUAGUAGUUUGAGCAGUAGAUUUAGUGGUUUGGAAUAUACAUAUUAUUUUCUGUUUGCCAGAGCUUUGUUUCACUUCGGUGGACAACGAUUUUGUAGAAAUUAUUUUUGAAGCGUGAUUUGUAUCUUCAGUGAUAUAUUUUUAUUUUGCUGUUUCUUUAAACUAACUUAAAGUUUAAAUGACGCAAAAUAUUCACAACAUCAUAACAUAACAUUUGACAAAACACAUAACAUUUGACAAACAAACAUAUAACAUUUGAGCGUAAUAUUAAUGAAGGUAUCUAAUUACAUUACCUAAGAAGGUACUACUAGGUAUGCAGUGGGAAAAUAAUAAAUAUUGUGCAUUUACGUUUUAUGUGUUUUUAAACGGUUUAUUUAGCUCA